AUGGACGGAGGCCUACUCGGUUAUUUUGGAGCUAUUGAGCAAAACCGCAUUCAACAUCAAGCAGAGGUAGAACAGAGCAUAGAGACCAUCACCUCUUCCGAUCUUGGAAUAAGCAAAGUUGACUCAGGUGCAGCAGAUGGUCAGAAUACAAUCGACCAACUAAGAAACCAGAUCAUUGUUUUAAAUGAAGAGAAGGAGAGGAUUGAAAAUGAAAAAAUGCAAAUUGAAGACCAGCUAAAAAAGAAAAACAAUCGGCUUAAAGAGGCCUUAUGGAUAAUGAAUGGAAUGCAUGACGAGAUAUCAACAUUUACCCCAGAGUGCUUGGACCGCUGUGAAGAAAAUAGCAAAGGAGAGGGAUCUACAUCAACCGUUCAAUUUCACCAUGUAAUAUCUCUCGUCCAGUCAUACUGUAGGCAGUUUGAACAGUUAGAGCUACGUCUUGCCGUGGACAAUGAAAGACAACUGCUACAUGUAGAGGAGGCUGACCUUUCCGAGACAAUUAGCGACCUUCAAUACAGAUUGUUUGCUGCCGAUCAAAGGCAAACGGCCUACGAAAAGGAGCGGGUGGAAUAUGAGCGCUCCCUAAAAAGGUUGAAGGACAGCGAAAUGUUGGCAAUAACUGAGUUGUUUGCUGCCGAUCAAAGGCAAACGGCUUACGAAAAGGAGCGGGCGGAAUAUGAGCGCUGCAUAAAAAGGUUGAAGGACAGCGAGAUGUUGGCAAUAAGUGAGAUUUCUGACUUGAAAGACCAAAUCUCACGUAUUUUGGAAAGAGAAGCCAAGGGCAAUGAACAAAUAAAAUCUAUGCACUCGACAAUUGUGGAAUUAAAGGCUCAACUUUUGUCAAAAUCAAGCCAACUGAAUCAGUUGACUGAGGCGCUGGAGGACUCAUUGUCCGCAAAUGUGCAUCAUGCAGAAAUGCUUGCAAAUGUUAAGAAUAAUUUUAUUGAGAAAGUGGAGAACGCAAGAUUUAAAGAGUGGAUGAAGAGCUUUAUCUCCGUUUUUAAGAUGAUUAAAUCAAGAGAAUGUAAUGACUUGCGCCUAGAGGUCCUUAAGAAAGAAAGGGAAGUGAAGGAACUUAAAUUGGAGUUGGCGCAGUUGAAGGUUGUUUGUGACAUCAAUCGGCAAGCGCAUAGCUCACAGACGUCUGCAUGUGAUAUUGAGGUAAAGAGUUAUCAAGUGUGA